AUGGCAACCAUGACAGAAAUCAUCGAGGCCCUCCUCACGCCCUCCAUCCCCGUCAUCCUCCUCGGCCUGCUCGUCAUGAUCGGCGGCCCCAUCCUCCUACACUUCAUCCUCGCCUCAUCAGCAACAUACACCAUCGCUCCGACCGUACUCCUCCUCGGCCCCGAAAACGCCGGCAAAACCUCUCUCCUCACGCUCCUCGAGCGCGGCACCAAACCCGCCGACACGCACACCACCCAGCGAGCACAGUCCGUCGAAUUGAACGCCACCACCGACGCCAACACCAAGGGCUCCUUCAGAAACCACGACGACUCAUCAGGCACCUACACCAAGUUUCUGCUCAUCGACACCCCUGGACACGGCAAGCUGCGCAACGUGGCGAUGGGGAAAUUGGAGAGCGCGGAGAAAGUAAAAGCCGUGGUGUUCAUGGUGGAUGCUGCUGCGCUGGGGGAGCAGGAGACUCUUGCGCCUACCGCUGCGUACUUGUACGAUGUGCUGCUGUAUCUGCAGAAGAAGGCCAGUGACAAGGGGAAGAAUAAGGCCGCUAUUCCGGUCUUGAUUGCCGCGAAUAAGAUGGAUCUGUUUACCGCCCUGCCAGCCAACUUGGUUAAGAGCCAGUUGGAGAAUGAGCUAUCGAGGAUUCGCGCAUCCAGAAGCAAGGGCCUAUUGGAUUCGGGCGUCGGCGUCGACGAGAUUGGAUCGGAGGAGCAGGACUCGUGGCUGGGAGAGUAUGGAUCGGAAAAGUUUUCUUUCCAGCAGAUGGGCGAGUUUGAUAUCGACGUAGAGGUUGUGCCGGGGAGUGUGACGACGGAAGAGGCAGACGUUGAUAAGUGGUGGUGGUGGAUGGCGCAGCGGAUAUAA